AUGACAUCUUUGAACAUUUCUGAGGUCUCGUCCAAGGACGUAAAAUCGGAGAGCGACAAGGCUGUAAGCCUCGAGGGUGACACCAGCACCACCGAGCAGACGACGCAAAUGGACGGCACGAGUACAAAAGAAUCAUCUCCUACAGCGGGGAGUCAAGAAAAAGAAACAGACUCAACAGAUGCCUUGGGUUCUCGAAGACACAUUCUCUUCGCCGCAGUGUUUAUUUCGACCCUGCUCAUGGCCCUCAACGGUUCGAUCAUUUCGACGGCCAUUCCACAAAUCACAACACAUUUCAACUCUCUCAAAGACAUUGGCUGGUACGGAAGUGCUUAUCUAGUGGCAACGUGCGCUAUGCAACCUCUUGUCGGCAGGAUCUAUACCCAUUUUCCCAUCAAAUACACAUAUCUCACAUUCGCUGCCAUCUUUUCGAUCGGAUCUCUGGUUUGCGCCACUGCCCCUUCGUCCAUGGCCCUCAUCAUCGGCAGGGCUGUGCAAGGGUGUGGUGGUGCCGGCAUUAUCAAUGGAGCCUUUGCCGUAAUAGCUGCGGUGGCUUCCAAGGAUAAUCGGCCUCUACUCAUAGGUAUCGCUGUCAGCCUAUCAUCGGUUGGGACCGUCAUCGGGCCUCUGGUUGGCGGUGCUCUGACACAAAAUGUCUCGUGGAGAUGGUGCUUCUAUGUCAACCUACCACCUAGCGGCCUAGUGAUAUGCACCCUCAUCUUGUUGCCAAUUCAGGAACAGAUCAAGAAGGAGCCCGUGAGGGCCAACUUCAAAGCCAUCGUCACGAAAGAGCUCGAUCUCGUGGGAUUUGUUAUCUUCGCCCCAGCCUGUGUCAUGUUACUGCUCGCAAUGAUAUGGGGUGGCAACCAGUACCGAUGGGACUCCUCUGUCAUCAUCGGCCUCUUCUGUGGCGCGGCUGGCACAUUCGCCGUCUUUGUUGCCUGGGAGAUUUUCAAGGGCGACAAGGCCAUGAUACCUCCGGCAAUUGUCAGGAAUCGGCUUGUGGUCUUUGGGUGUUUGACUUCGUUCCUUCAAAUCGGCGCCCUGUUGUCGCUAAGCUACUAUCUUCCGGUGUGGUUUCAGGUUGUCAAGGACGAAAGCCCGUUAAUGAGUGGAGUAAUGGUACUUCCGACGGCCAUUGCGCAGGCCAUAGGGGGCAUAACAGCUGGGAAGCUAGUGCAGAUUGUUGGCUACUACACACCAUGGGCACUUCUCGGUUGUGUCCUGACCUCCAUUGGGUCCGGGCUGAUGACCACAUUCACCCCUUCCACUGGCGCUGGACCCUGGAUCGGGUACCAGAUACUUGCAGGAACGGGAAGAGGCUCCGUGGUACAAAUGCCACUCACCGCAAUCCAGAACCUUUUGCCGCCAAAGGAAGUCUCGAUAGCAACCUCGCAGAUCUUCUUUUGGCAGUACCUCGGAGGAGCCAUUUUUCUCGCCGUCGCCGAGACGAUUUUUACAAACUCGCUGCGAUCGUCGCUGAGGACUUAUGUCCCGGGUAUCAAUCCCGAGAGCGUCAUUGACGUGGGUGCCGCCGCCGUGCGAUCGAGCGUGCCCCAUAGUCAGCUCGAAGGCGUCCUCCGCGCGUAUAACCACGCCCUCGUGUCCACAUUCUAUCUCGCUGUCGGGGCCUCAUCUGCUGCGUUUCUAACGAGCUUCGGUAUGGGGUUCCAAAGGCUGCCUAAGAAGGAGAGCAAGAAGAAAUCUGAGGAGAACGAUGUGUAG